AUGGCUAGAACAGUCGGUAUCGAUCUGGGAACAAUAUCGUCAUGUGUCGCAGUAUUUAGCCAUGAGAACGUAGAGAUCAUUGCUGAUGAACAAGGACGUCGAACAACACCAUCUUAUGUCGCAUUUACUGAAAGUGGACGUUUAUUCGGAGAUGUUGCUAAAAAUCAAAUGGGAAUCAACUGUGGUAAUACAGUUUUUGCUGUUAAACGACUCAUUGGUCGUCAGUUUGAUGAUUCCACUGUUCAAACUGAUAUAAAACAUUGGCCAUUCAAAGUUAUUAACGUUAGUGGCAAACCAGAAAUUCAAGUUGAAUAUAAAAACGAAAUCAAGUCAUUUGUUCCAGAAGAAAUAUUAGCGAUGGUAUUAACGAAAAUGAUCGAAACAACAGAGAUUCAUUGUGGUAAAAAGAUAUAUGAGGCUGUCAUUACUGUUCCAGCUAGUUUUAACAGUUGGCAGCGUCAAUCCAUCAGAGAUGCCGCUUGUAUUGCUGGUCUUUGUGUACUAAAUAUCAUCGAUGAAUCAACAGCCGCCGCUCUCGCCUAUGGAAUCAACUUCGACACUACAGAUGAACGAAAUGUAUUGGUCUUCAAUUUGGGCGGUGGUACUUUUAAUGUAUCGGUUUUAAAGAUUGAAGAGAGAAUUUUUGAGGUUAAAUCAGUGGCCGGUGAUGCACAUUUAGGAGGUGAAGAUUUUGUCAAUCGAUUAGUAUCAUAUUUUGUUCAAGAAUUCAAACACAAAUACGAGAAAAAUCUAUCUGAUGAUAAGCGAGCUCUUGUGCGUCUACGCUCUGCUUGUGAACGUGCUAAAAUCACAUUAUCAUCGUCAUUGAACGCAUCGGUUGAGAUUGAUUCAUUGCAUGAUGGGAUUGAUUUUUAUUCGACAAUAACACGCACUCGUUUCGAGAACCUAUGUGCUGAUCUCUUUUGUUCAACACUUGAACCAGUUGAAAAGGCAUUAUGUGACGCUAAAAUGGAUAAAGCAAGUAUUCAUGACAUUGUUCUAGUCGGUGGAUCGGUACGCAUUCCAAAAGUGCAAAACCUUCUGCAGAAUUUGUUCAAUGGAAAAGAAUUAGUUCAGUCAAUAAACCCCGAUGAGGCCGCAGCCUAUGGGGCACUAGGACAAUUCGUCGACGGACAAUUCGUCGCGGACAAUUCGUCGACGGACAAUUCGUCGCGGACAAUUCGUCGACGGGCAAUUCGUCGCCUGGACAAUUCGUCGCCAUCAUAA